CAAUCGCGACGUUUCCGUGGCAUCUUUGCCUGGUUGUUUGUGUUGUAUUCCAUUUACUAUCACCCUUAUUCCCUUGUAGCCGGCCGUUGGCCGCCACUACAUUGCUACUUCCAUUCUGCAUUUCACCACCUAGCGCUCAAGUCAACAGUUUCGCGAGAACAAGAAAGCAUAUAUCAUGCGCGUGACGGUUGUCCUACUCGCCGCCAUUGCGGUUAGCUUCGCCAGCGCCGCUAUCAACGCUGAUCAAAACUCUCUCUCGACGAAGACGUCGUUGGGUUUGGUAAAUCCGAUUGAUGGUACUCUCGGCGACAUCAACAACAACGGCAAGCGGUUCCUGCGCAGACAGAAGCCAUCUGAAGACGACGAUUCCGAUGUUGGCGACAGUGAUGUUGACGAAGAGAGAAUUAACGCUUCCAAACUAAAAGACUUGGUCAACGGCAAAACACGUACCCAAUUUACUCAUUGGGGAGAUCAAAAACUCUCGCCUUCGAAAGUUUGGGACAAGCUGAAGGGUCUCAGCGACACGAAACGCAAAAUGGUUUACGAUUGGUACUACAAAGACAUCUACCGCAACGGCAAUUGGCGCCGUUGAUUACAGGUGCAUCACAGCGGCAAUUCUCGUCGUCGAUUAUAACUUCCGCGGAGUUGGCAGGUUUCGUAUCGCUUACAGCGUACUUAUAAUCCACAAAAAAUACAACGAUCGUUUGACUUGGGCGAACAAAAGAUAGAUUGCAAAAUGACUCACCAUAGAGAGAGAGAGAGAGA